UCAGUUCCGACCGCUAUAUACCGCCAUAUUGUUUGCGACAAAUCGUGAUCGUGCUCUGGUCUAUCUUGUACGUGGUCUCGUGAAGUUUUUCUCUUGUUCGGUGAGCCCCAUUGGGAAAAUUUGCAAACAUUUCGCGAAAAAGCAACAUGAAGAAAACGAAGGACGUAUCAGACGAGGAUGAAUAUUCCGCAGAUGAUCCGGAAGAAGUAGAAGGAGCCUCUGAAGAAGAGUGGACUCCUGAAGCCGGAGCUGAAAGUGGUGCUAAAAAGAGGCCACAAAGGGAAGCUGCUAAAAAACGGCAACACUCAGAAGAAGAAGAAGAUGAAGAAGAAGAAGAGGAUGAGGAAGAUGACGAUGAAGAGGAUGACGAAUCUGAUUCAGAUACAGGAAAGAAACCUAAAAGAAAAAGGCGGUCUAAGAAAGAAGAAGAUGAAAAGGAAGAUGAAGAUGAAGAAGACUCCGAUGAUAAUAGCUUCAAUGAAUCGUCAGGAGAAACACCAAAAGAUUUUACCUCUGGUGCAUUCGUUGUGGCAAAAGCUGACAUUGGUGGAAAUACGGAUCCAACAUUGUGGAGGAUAGAUGGGAAGGCAUUACUUCAAAAGUUUUUACCAUUCAAAGAAGAUGGGAAAACAUUAUAUAAAAGCACAUCGACGUAUUCUGGAUGGUCAGUAAAUAACAAAGAUAAAUACUUAGCAGCCCAAGUAACUUUCAAAGUGCAAAGUAGAACAGAAACCAUUGUUGAACUUCACCUUGAUCAGCAUCAACAAGAAGUUGUAAAAGAAGAAAAAGAAGACUAAAUAUAGAUCAUGUUUGAUCAUAUUUGUUUAUAUACAUUUUAAGGUAUGCUAAGGAAGAAUACAUUUACAAUCACAGGUACACAUCAACAUUACAGACAUAUUACGUAAAUACGUGGAUGCAGUUUACAAAAUGAUAUCCUAGCAGAUUCGUGUUUAAAAAUAAGAUUGAGUGGACCAUGGAUCUCAGUUCUUUACUAAGGGUAGCUUUACAUAUAAUUGACAAUUUUAUGAGCUAUUUCUGUAUGUCUCAAUUGAUAAGAGCUAUCAAUUUCAAACAUUAUUUGUUUCCGUAAAAAAUAUGAUAUCCACUCAUAUUUCGUAUUUUAUAAAUUCGACGUAAGUCUAAAAUUUCUUGUUUAGACUGCAUGUUACUUUUGAAAUAUUAUUGUAUUGCUUACAAUAUUUGUGAUAAUCUUGAUAUACAAAUUUCGGCGUAGUUUUAAUUGCAAAAUUUAUUCGAUCCUCUGUUGCACUUUAAAUAAUUCAAUGUCCCAGUUAUAAGAACACCUUCAGUAACUAGAUUUCGUGUUAUGUUUAGUCGUUGAAAUAAAAAACUUUAGAUAUAGAAAAUAAAUCAGUGUCAGUUACCGUUGUGGUCUUACGUUCCUAUUGCCGUAUAAAUUCAUAUUGGAAAAUCAUAUUAUAAAUGCUUUUAAUUAUCUUUAAUUACACCUCGAAAAUUUCAUGGCUAUAAAUAAUAUGUAUGAUGAACUUCUGUUAGUGGCAACAGUGUGAAUAAGAAAUUAAUUAUAUGUACUGUCAUCAAUCAUGUUCAGUGGUAUGUCAUGUUCGAUCUAGCUUUAUGGAUAAAAAUUAUGUUUUACGUAUAUAAAAGAAAGAAAAAAGAGAGAGAGUGCGCGAGAGAGAGAGAGAGUAAAAAUUAAUCGUGUCAAAUAUUUAUUCAAUAUUCCUAUAUUAUUUGUACAUUUCAUAUUUUCUACAAAGCUCCUACCCUGUUUAUAUAAUUUGUAUACAUUAAAUUUAUUGGAAUGUAGGCACAUAAUAAGGAAUACAAUUUUCGUUAUGAGUUUAAUAAAUUUUAAACCAUUAAAUGAUACAUUAGAUAAAGAAAAAAUGUGUGUAUAUAUAUUAUAUUUAUAUAUACACACGUAUAUAAAUAAGUCCUGUUGUAACUUCCAUUUUAAUUUGUACUUUAAAUAUUUUGAUUAAUAAUACGUAAAUAUAAUUUUUGUAAUUAUGUCUAACUUAAUUACAAAGGCUAUGUGUUGAAAUGUAGUUAAUGUUAGCAAAGAGCCCCAAUAAAACUAUGUUUAGUUCGUAUUACGAGCAACUUACAAUAACAAAAGUAUAUGUUAUAAUACUUGAGCAUUAAAAACAAUUAACGAACUUAUAAAAUUAUAACUCUAUAGAAAUAAUUAUACACGAUAACUUUUUCUAUUAUAAAAAGAUUUCAAGAAGAAGUUUAUUUCUUUCGUCUAUACAUAUAUAUAUAUAUUCUUGAAUAGACGAAAAUUCGAAUAUUUAUUCAAUUAAGAGCAUAAGAUUGUAAAUUCUUCAAGCAAAGUGAAAUUAUCUUCUUUUCUAAUUUUCUUUUUUCCAAACAUUCGCUGAUAUAGUACUAACUUGUGUGAUAAGUUGUAAAUUAUUUUGAAGCUAAUUUAUAUCUUUGAAAAAAUAUGUCUGUGUGUGUGGCAUAUGUUUAUCAAAAAGCUUUGAAUUUGAGUUUUUAUUCUUGUCAUUGUUGCUAUUAUUACUGCAAUUACCACUACUAUUAUGGCUGCUACUAUUACUGAUAUAAUCAUUAUUAUUUUCCUUUUUUAUGGUAAUAUAUUCGGAGCACGUUAUUAUUGCGAAAGUAUAUGAGAUUAGAAUUUUAAUUUUUUUUCACUAAAGAAUAUGUAGUGUUUGAUUGGCACAAUUUUAAAAUUUAAUUAAGACUUAAAUGUCAUAAAAAUCAUUUCAAUCCUACUUGAAUGUAUACACGUACAUUAUGUAUGAUUGAACAAGGAUAAAAAGAAACGAUUUAUAUAUCAAUAUAAAAUUACAAUUAAACUCUCGGCAUCAAGCAAAAUUGUAAUAUGAUUUAAAUAUAGUAACAAAAAUAAUAACAAAAUAGCAAUAAUUUUCAAACAUAACGAAACAUUAAAACUAUUUCAUAGUAAUGGAACCAAUAUGUUAUUUGUAAAUAUAUAAGAUAAUGAAUAUUGAUAUUUCAUCCAUAUUUACUAAGUAAUAAAAGUUUUAAAUUAUAUAACAAUA